AGAUUGACAUGAUUUCGUGCCGCGCUAGAUUUCGAGCUUGUCUCUAGGCCGAAUCUUUGUCGUUUACUCUUGUAUCCAUCCUCUUUUUGAGGGGAGUAUGGCAUUUUGCCAUGGUAGGCCUUGAGCCUCAAUUUUUUGAGCCUUCGUCCGCUUCGUGCGGACACACCCUCCUUGUAAAAUCCCCAGUUCGCUGUUUCCUAUCCGUCGAAUCCCCCAUAGAGUUUCUUGCGGCAACUUAUCGGCCACCGGCAUUUUCUCUGGCGGUUCUGUUGCGUUAAUGUAUUGCAGGUUCGUCAGGCUAUGAUGAUGUAUCUUCGCUGCGUGGUGGCUAA